AUGCCGCAUGUAAUCUACACUCAAGACAAUGCCAUCAGCAGCUUCUUUUCGGAGGCUGGGGCGUCGUCAUCCAAGAUACAAUGCGAUGAGUUUGCCCGCCGAAGGUACGGAGGAGAGAUCCGGCCUGUAGAUAUCCAAGGCUUGACUAGUUAUACUAUCAUUACAGGACCGAGCGGCAACAAGAUCAUCCAGUUCCGAGAGCGGACUGCCUUGCUAGACAUGAACAUGUUAGCGCUGGCCAAAGAUAUUCACCAAGAUGUCGUAGCUAGCUGUUCUGAGCUCGGGUGGAUCGGCGACCUAAGCAGUUCACAGCUAGCCAUAUACGAGAUGGACAGGCUUCCUGGAGAGAACUACAUUACCGCUCGCCCCUCUCUCACGCGUGAUCAACGGCUGAAUACCGUGUGCAGCCUGGCAAGUUUCUUUGCACAGUCAUGGCAGAGAGGUACACCAGCAGAUUCUGGGUUGGUCGAUAUGUCUGUUAUCAGCGCCGAAUGCUACGCCAGGUUUAACGGCUUAGCUGGCACUCUCCCCGAGCGCUUCCUACCAGCCAUCAACGAAGUACAAGCCGUCCUGCCAGCACUCCUUGAUGGACGCUAUCCGGUGGUCCUUACACACAGCGACCUCAACGAGAUGAACAUCAUGGUCGACCCCUGCAGCGGAAAUAUUACAGGCGUUGUUGACUGGCCUGGUGCAAGCAUCCAACCAUUUGGCUUCACCCUCUACGCACUAGAGAAUGCCCUCGGUCGCAUGGGCUCUGACGGAUGGAAGUGGUUCGACAACGUGGACGACUUGAAGGAUGCAUUCUGGAGGGCCUUUGAAGAGCGGACCGGCUUGUCUGAGCCUCAAACGAGACUUGUAAAACUUGCAGGAAAGGCUGGCAUCCUCAUCCGCUACGGCACGGCUUACAACAGCGGCUUCUCGGGAAUGAUAGGGGUUCGAGACCCGAACACCGAGGAUUUUAGGUAUCUUGAUGCGCUGCUUCUCUAA